CCAGAACACCCGAUCACAAUCAUCUCGCAGCGACAACACCUUUCUGCAUGAGCACGUCCACGAGUCUGACGCCUUCAAGACUGUCGACUCGCUCUACACUCUAAGCCCUCGCAGACUCAAGGUUCCGGGUAUACUGGUAUUCACACGCAAUUCGUUGGGAUUAGAUAGUCGCAAGAUGUCCUCUGGCGGUGUGCCUUACUCGCAGGACCUGCCUCCUGCAGGCGGUUACGAACCGAUCAGGUACAAGCGCAACCUUCCAGCUAGAGGUCCUGGUGGAAUAGCCAUCUUUGGUGCCGUCUUUGGUAUUUGCGCAUACGGAUUCUAUAGAGUAGCUGCUGGUGUGCACGAGAAGAAAGAACUCGAGAGGGAAAAGGCUUGGUCACGCAUUCAUUUGGUGCCUAUGCUCAUGGCAGAGGGAGAUAGAGAUGCUUACAGGAGAGAGGCGGCAGCGCUAGCGAGGGAGAAAGAGAUCAUGAAGGACGUGCCAGGCUGGGAGGCCGGCAAGAGCGUAUACAGCACAAAGAGAUACACUCCUGCUUCGUUCGUCGUUCUGUGAUACAAGUCAAUCUUUGCAAUACGAUCCGUGCAUUUUCACCACACGCGACGGAAGUGGUGGGCAAGAGACGAGAAGGAAUCCAGAGCAUACGAUAGCUCAGCAGGUCACUGUCCAGUUGCAUGCUCGUGUGGUUUCGGACUACCUCCUCAGGGUGGAUGUCUGUACGCAUUCAGUGGACACGUCACACGCUGCUCGAAUCGGGUAAAAGCCAGAUGGAUUGUCGAUGGCAUUAGAGAAAAGGAUCUGCAUAGGGCAGCUUGCCAUGCGGCUCGGCG